AUGUUCGUUACACGUCGCCCAGCGGCUGGAGUGGCCUUCCGCUCUUUGCGCCAGUAUCCGAGGGCCUCCUCCGCCAGCCCCCAGCCGAGCCGGCCCUAUCAUUCUUACGACCACCUGGAUUCGACACCGUCCUUCCGCUCACACGAGCAAACGAUUCUGUCGGCCGCCUACAAGCACGUGCCCGAACACGGCUUCUCGUACAAGGCCCUCGCUCUCGGCGCUCGAGACACCGGAUACCUCGACAUCAGCACCAGCGUGCUGCCGGACGGCCCUUUCAGCCUAAUCCGCUACCACCUCGUGACGAGGAGAGAGGGUCUGGCCGCAAAGAGCAGUCAGGUGCCCGGGGGAAGCUCGCAAACUGGUGUUCAGGAGAAAGUCGAGCGUCUCACGUGGGAGCGGUUAUUGGAAAAUGAGCCCAUCAUCGACCGGUGGCAAGAGGCAUUGGCUGUUAUGGCGCAACCGAGUUAUGCGCCAGUUUCGAUCAAGGAAUUGGCCAAACUGGCGGACGAGAUCUUGUUCCUUUCUGGCGAUACUUCCGUUGACCCUUCAUGGUACACCAAGCGCGCGAGCUUAUCCAUGAUCUACGCCUCGAGCGAGCUGUUCAUGACCAACGACAGAUCCGUCAAUUUUCGAGAUACGAGAGACUUUCUUCGGCGAAGACUGAACGAGGUCGAGGACGCCGGCGGUUUCUUGGGCUCCGUCGGACAGUGGGUUGGCUUUACAGCCAGCGCGGGCGUCAAUGUCUUGAGAAGCAAAGGACUUCGGCUUUAG